AUAAAUAUUGUGCAAUGUGCAAAAGCGUUAAGCAGUAACUUUAGCAAUACUUAGUACUUACUACUAUGUAUUAUAAUACAUAAUAUUCAUUAUUCAACAAUUCUUAUUGCAAUUGUGUCGUACAAUUAUAAAACUCAUAACAGUCAUAACGUAUCUCAACAUUUUACCAAGUGCUAAUCAUAACUGUCUGAAAUAUUUGUCCUGAAUCACAAUUCUUUAAUAAUUAAUUUGCCUAUCCAUUUGCCAUGGCAUCAAACGAAGUAAGAAAAAAAGUACUUACUACAUUCAAAUUAGUGCAUAGAGCUAGAUUACUGUGUUUUAAAAAUGAUAACCAAAUGUUAAAUGCUGCUAAACAUCAAAUUAAUGAAGAAUACAAAAAAAAUAAAACUGUCUCGGAUCCUGCAGUUGUUCAGAAUCUCAUAACCUUUGCUCAAGAUGUUGAACAUGAACUCUUAACACAAGUAGUUCAAGCAGAAAGAGUAAAUGAAACAAAAUUUAAAUUGAAUUUAGAUCCAGAGCGUCAUACUUUGGAGAAUAUACCAUAUGCUGAAUUAGAUGAUGAAACAUAUAAAAAAUGGAAAGAAGAGAAAAAGAAAAGUAGCAAGAAAAAUGAAAAGUGUUGUUGCGACUAAAUUGUAGUUAAAUUGUUUUCUAAAGUUUAAAGUUCAAAAUAUGUAUAAUUCAAUUGAAUAUUUAUAUAGAAUUGUAUUUACAGUAGUAUAGUAUAUACUAGGGUCACCGUUAUACUUAUACAUGUUAUUCUCAGGUACCCAUAUUCUUUACUCAAAUGUUGUUAAGAUCUGUGAAGUUUAGAUAUGUGAGUUGACAUAUUCACAGUAUAAUUUGAUGAGCUAUUUAUCAAUAUAUAUAUAUUUUAAUUCUAAUUACAAUUUAAAAUAUACUUAAUUGUGAUUUCA